UAACUUGGCUUUCCCAUCUAGAAACCCACCACUUUUCUUCUCAUCUUUGAGCUUCUCACAACCUUCACUCUUCCCAUCUAUCCACUGCCUAAAGUUAGGAAAACUAAGACCAACAAAAGCAAAUCAACACCAAUGGCAGCAACCAUAACCACAAUGGCCAUGCUCAAUGCCAAGUGCUUGAGCACCAGCUCCACAAAAAUGCUCAACCCCAUCAAGCCAACCACCAAGCCUAUCUCCCUUCUCUCCAUUCACAACCUCCCAAAGGGCCUUACCUCCUCAAAACCUGUUGAAAAUCUUAACCUGUCAACUUCUCUAACUGGUACUGCCAUUGCUGGAGCCAUCUUUUCAACCUUGAGCUCUUGUGAUGCAGCCUUAGCUGCCCAACAAAUUGCUGAGAUAGCUGAAGGUGACAACCGUGGCAUAGCACUGUUGCUUCCCAUUAUUCCAGCCAUAGCUUGGGUCCUCUUCAACAUUCUCCAACCAGCUCUUAACCAAAUAAACCGUAUGCGUAGCAUCAAGGGAGUGAUCAUUGGGCUUGGGCUCGGAGGUUUGGCUGCAUCAGGGUUCAUGUCAGCACCCCAUGCAUCAGCUAGUGAAUUUGCUACCAUUGCUGCUGAUGCCUCCUCUAGUGAUAACAGGGGACAGCUUCUUCUGAUUGUUGUUGCUCCAGCUAUUGGUUGGGUCCUCUACAAUAUUCUGCAACCAGCCUUGAACCAGAUCAACAGGAUGAGGUCUGAGUGAGUUUUUAUAAUAAGGAUUUUGUGGGAGUAAAUGGCACAAAAGUAACUUGUAAUUGUUCCUUAUAUGUUGUCAAUGAACUUUUUUUCCUUAUUA